GAGUGGACAUGGCCGCGGUGCUGUGCGGUGAGGGAGGAGGAUGCGGGAGCGCGUGCUGGCAGGUGCUCCUGUUCGCCUCGACCGCGCUCGUGAUCCUGGCGGAGAGAGCCGCGCUGAUCUGCUGCUUCGCCUUCUACCUGUGGAAGGAGCAGUUGUUGUGGGCGGGGCUGACCUUUGCCCUGCUGUUGCCAGGGGCGAUAGUGCAGGUGCUGAGCUUCAUGUGGUACCGGGCGGAUGGAGAGCAGCGAACAUGUCACCUGCUCAUCAUACACACACUGCACCUGGGCAUCUUCAAAAGGCUGUGGGACUGCAGCGUGUGUGUGUGGCGCGCUCAGUCUCAGGCCCAGCAGGUGAUGCAGCAGGUGGACGUGGCGGCGCUGCGUUUGCUCGACGUUCUGCUCCUCACACUCCCUCAGGCGCUCACACACACUUACGUUCUCACGGCGACCGAGUUCAGUCUCGCGUCUCCAGUUGCUCUGUGUAGCGGUGUGUGUGUGCUGUCCCUGUCCUGGGCGUUGGUGUUGUACAGUCGUGCGUGUUGCCUGGCGCGGCCCGGUCACCUGCUCAUGCCCCCCGCUGCCCUGCUGUGCCAGCUGCUGUGGAGGGCGGGGCUACUGAGCGCACGUUUCGUCAGCCUCGCCCUCUUCGCACGUUCUUUCGGAUGCUGGGUCAUCGGCGUCGUGGGCUGUCACUGGCUGAUUGCGGCGUUCUGGUUGGUCUCUCAGCAGACCGAUAUCUGCCUGGGCCAGUGGGCGUGGCGUGGGUUCAACCUGGUGUUGGGCGGCGUGCACGUCUUCCUGUUCCUGAACGUGAAGGACGGCCCGUCUCGGUACCGCAUGGCCGGCUUUUACACGGUGAUGCUGCUGGAGAAUGUCACUCUCGUCCUGGCCGCCUCCGACAUCCUCACUGAGGCAUCAUGGGAAAGCUUAACUGUCCCCACUGCUGUCCUGUGCAGUUUCCUGCUGGGUCUGGCGUUCCUGCUGCUGUAUUAUCGCUUCCUGCACCCCAAGUCCACAGAGAUCUCCCACACUCUGCAGCACGGCGCUCAGGCGGGCAGCGCCUGUCUGGAGCAGGGUGACUCGUCUUUCUCCCUGGCUGACAAGAGCCUCGCUCUUCCCUCUCUCCGUCCUCCGCUCUCCUCCUCUCAUCCCUCCUUCUCGCUGCUGGAGCACCCGGGAAGCUGCGGGGCGAAGGCGGGCGCCGAGUGCCGCCACCACCACUGGCUCCUCGUGCGCCUGGCGCUGAAAACCGGCGACCCCAGCAAAAUCGAGCGGGCGUUCGGCGCUGGGGGCAUGACUGGCGUCGAGAGCGAAGACCAGGAGGACGACUCGCGAGAGAAAGUAGGACAAGAAAACGCGCUGGAGGUCAAGGACGAAGACGACACCCUGGCGCCGCUGUCGGACUGCAAGGACGAGUUUGAAAGCGUGAGCGAGGCCAGGGAAGACGUAGAGGAAGAGGACGCGGACGUGGACGUGACCGAGGAAAUGGACAGCGUGGACUCCGAGUGGAAGCGCAGCUCUCCCGAGGGGAAGUCCGUGUUCGGGGACAGCCCCGAGCCUGACUACUGCCCCACCGAGUCCAGCUCCACGCUCUACUUCAGCGCAGACCCACAAUCCCCAAGCAGUGCCAGCGACCCCCGUCUGGACCGAGCGGACCUUACCGGAGCCCAUCUGACAGGCCCACGCCGGCACCUCGUCCUCUCCGCACGGGGCCCGGAGGACGACACGUUGUUCUGACCUGUCGAUAAAAUCAUUUACGUCAAGACUUUGUUCAGGUUGCUACGAGGUUCAUGCAGCUAUUACCGGUCUCGUCCGAUUCUAUCCUGUAAAUAUUCGCUUCCGACCUCGCCACACGUGUGGACGUUAGGGUGCAGAGGGACUGAAGCGCAGGGGCGGAUGAUUUUUAUUUAUUUAUUUAUUUAUUUAUUUCAAACCUAAGCCGUCACACAUCAUGUCCCUUAAGCUCCGCCUAUCAAUUUUUUAAAGUGAUAAACCGCUGAAGCUUCAAAAAUUUGCACUGGUAUUCCUAAAAAAAAAAAAAGUUUUGUUCAGACUUUGUUUAGCCGCAUUAGCUUCGUAGCUUUAUUCGCAAACUACAGAUACGGAUCGACUGGGACGUGUUUAUUUAUGAUCAAGGGCGCCAUCUUUAUUAUUUUUUUCGGACGUUUCCGACAGAUUACUGACGAAGGGCAGAGAGUGUCAUGUUUAUGGCAUCGUAAAUGAUAAAUGAUCUGUUGUUGUACAGCUGUGUGUGUGUGUGUGUGUGUGUGUGUGUGUGUGUAUGGAAUUAAAAGCACAAACCACACGUCCUGCUUAAGUGAAAGCAAAAGGAUAAGAUGCAAAUACGGCCAUCGCAGGUUUGAUGACGUUCUCUAUGUUCAUGCUCUAUGUCGCAUCUCUCUCGGUUUAUCAGCAGGGGCGUUUCUGUCCUGAGCGUGAGCCGGUUGCCAUGGUUACCCAGGCCAGCAUUAUCUUGUUGACGUAUGACAAAUGGGAUGACUUUCUUUUUUUAGAAUUGAAUCCUCACCAAUCGAAUCACUUCGCUUCUCGUUUGCAUGAAGUUAAACUCCGCCCACUUUUCAUCUCCCAACCACUGGCUUUCUUUGAAAAUAUGGUCUGAACUCCAUAUAUGGACACAUAGCUGUUUUUCAUUAAACGUGAACCCAGAAAAAGCUCCUGCUACUUUGAAAAAUGUGAUCAAGUUUGCACUUUAUUAUCGUUAUUAUAUUUUAAUAAUUAAACUAGUGAAAAGAAUCCAGUGGUAGAUCAUACGUCUGAAACGAUACACCCAUAAAUUAAACUAAAAGCCCAUGUGAUGUGGCGUCUGCUGUAACAAAAGCGCUGCGCUAUUUUAGACUCGGUUUCAGCCUGCGGCGACGCUGAUGCUGUUUUUAUCCACCCGUUUCAGAAAGCGCGUCUUGAAAUAGCCGCCCUGGAUUAGCACUUCCCUGGAGCCACUCAACUGGGGCAUGGGUUCGAUUUCUUUAUUUCAGACGGAACCGGAUAUUUUCUGCUCGGGAACCAGAUUUUGCAGCAUCGACACACAAGGCAUGGAGACGGCGAGAUGUAAAGAGUUCAGCGUGAAAGAAAGCUGGUUCUGAAAGACAAACACAUCAGGUCAUAUGUAAACUAUAACAUGUUUGGAGAAAGCUUGGCCGUCAUUACAGAACUAUAGUCAUCGCUAUAGUUGAACUGGUCCUUGUGCAUUUAUUUCUGAAGCUGACUAGAGGCAGGGGAUUAUGCUCAGGUUUGGAGUUACAAAAAAACCUAAAGAAAUGAUGAGCCAUUGAUGAGUGUUAUGUAACUCGUCGUUUUCUAGAUCUCGAAGUUUUGUUUUUUGCUUUCCAGAGCGCAUUGCUUAUGUUAUGGCGUCAUUCAGGGAACUCUUACAGCUCCAUUGAAAUUCCGCAAUUAAUCAGGGAUUGUGUAAGCUCUAGUGGUCUUGAAUUUGUUCAGCACAGGUACCUCUGAUUGGACUGUAAAGCUUAAACAUUUGCUAGUUGUUCCGGUGUUCACCCCUGUUUGUUUUGGAGGACUUGCUCCAGGUUCUUCAGGUUGGUUUGAUGUUAUUUCAAUGUGAUUUUCAAAGCAUACGACAGUUUUGUAAAGGAAUUCAGAUCUGCACUUGAUACUGGCCACUGUAACAUACCCUUUUUUUUGUCCUGCUAGAAGUUCUUACAAGCAUUAGAUUCAUCUAAGCACAUCUCCAGACCAUGAUGCUGCCACCACCAUGUUUCACUAUAGGGACAGUGUUAAUCGAGGUGUUGCCCGCAUCUUGGCCAGAAAUAAAAAUCUUUUCCAGGUCACUCUGCUUCCAUAUACCUCUUCGAGAGCAAAAAAGGUUCUUACCACAUUCCACAGAGCUCUAGUGUUUGUUGCACAGUCGCUCUACACUCUCGCUGGUCUGUACUCUGCAACGUCUUCAGAGUUACUGUUGGCCUCAGCCUGAGUUCCCUCACCAGACCAAACACCAGGUUUGCGUGCUGUGAUGCAGCUUCAGUUACAUAACUAUUUAUUCAGCAGUACUUUCUAUGAAGUCCAGCCUGAUGUUGUUUCAAGGAGCGUUUAAGUCAAACCAAGACUUUUAUUUGCACAUUAUAACAGAACACACUGACCUUGGCCAGGAUCGUCGUUCACAGACGUACGACCUUCUUAAAAACGUUUGCACCGUUCAAAUGCGGCUAAGAGUCUUAUCACUGUACUUUGAUCGAAGUCUUCUCUAAAUGUCAGUGGCUUCCAUGUCUUCAUUCACCAGAAAGUCCAAGUUUGACUUGAACGCACUUCGUAAUUAAAAUCACCAAAGCGUGACUUGAUGAGUCAGUUGAAUCAGUUCUAUUUCUUGCUAUAAUAAGUAGACUAAACUAUUUCAGUUAAUAUUUCUGCGGGGGAAAAAAAACAAUACGAACACCACGAGGCUCUUUAGAUCCUCCGUCUUCUUCCUCAUUCCUUUCUCAGAACAACCCUAAGAAAGAGACAUGACCUGAUGUGCGAGCUUCUUUAAUAAAUUAAUACCAUACAAACUGAAUACGUUUAGAUUUUUUGUUUAUUUUAUCUUUCCCGUCGUGUAAUGUUGUGAUAAGUUUGUAAUAUUUCAGACAGAGCCUGAGUAAGACGUCAGAAAUAAUAAUGAUGUACGAAUGAUCUUAAGAUCGGUUUUCCGCGCACAUUAAAAAAGUUUAUUCAAAGCACUAAAAUGAAGCACUUAUUACCUCAAAACAAUUGAAAUAAACCAUGAUCCGUGCUUGCUAGCUGUAACUUAAUUUAUGGUUAAUAACUCAUUAUGUAGUUAAUUAAGUGUGCAAGUGAAAAGUGAGGCGCCAAAACAUUUUAUAAUGCAUAUUAUCUGUAAUUUUGGUGUUCACAAUGCAUUGACGCCAGAUGCGGAUCUGUUUUUGAGGUGGAAAACCAAAAAACUAUGAAGGAUAGUUAAAGCUGGAUAGAAGGUACGUGUUGUCCGUUCAUAGAUCGCAGCAUUAAAACCAUGCAAAAAGGAUGAUAAUUAUUUACAACAGUAGAAAUGAUGUAGCAUUACACAGUCAAUACAGUGGCACAUUGGAUUCAAGGAUUUGAUUGGUCGUCGAAGGUUGUGCGUUCGGUUAUGGAUAUCUGAUUGGUGCUUGCCAUCAAUCUCUGACUGAGCCAGAUUGGAUGGGAUGUACGGCUUAGAGCGAAUCAGGCAGCUCUGAUCGAACCACAGAAAUUAUGCAAUAAACCUUUGAGAAAUCUCCAGUGUGUGGACUUUUAUCGAUGAUUUCCGUGAUCUCUUGUGCCAGCGUCACUGUUAUAUUCCGUUAACUCGCUGUGAAACUCUUUGAUUUCCUUAUUCGUUAUAUCAGCGUGGCAAAAAAAAAAAACAGAAGUAGUUAAACUGCUGUUUUUAGCGCGCCCUUGUCACCUUAAAAAAACACCUCGACGAAUGUGUGAAAAUCAUGCUAGCAGAAGAGGAACUAGCUUCUAAUAGCGGAUAUUUUUUGCUUCACACAAACCUUAGAUCUUGAGAUAAAUGGUGAUGGGUUUUUCUACCGAAGGGAGAGUAAUAAACCAUAUCCGCUAGUGUUUCUUGCCUAGCUCAUGUACCUUUUAGUAGAGAUUAAUGCUAAAACUCAGUACCACUGAGUGGUACCACGAGAUACGAACUUAACUAUUGCCUCAGCAUGGGAAUCAUUUUCGGCACACGAGCAAACUGAGCCAGAUGCGAGAACUUUUUUUUGCAUUUUGAGGAAGAUUUAGUGAAGACAUAACGCCAAGGGUCUCAACAAUGUUAGCAAGGACGCUAGCUAUGCCAAGAGGAAUCUCAAGUACUCGCUUCAGGAGCAGAUUAAAUUCAUAUCCUGAGGUACCACUGUAGCAGAUUUUUGGUUUUUGGUCAGCGAGACUAAGAUACAUGAAUACCACAUUGUUUUAAACCUAUGGCUUAGUUUUAUUACUUCUGGACACUUUUUAAAAGUAAAUACUUUAUCCAAAACAUUCAUGGGAAAGGUUACAAAAUGGAAAAUAAAAAUAAAAACUUUUUAAAUUAUUUGUCAAAAAAUGACCACUUGCAGUCCACCUCCACGCAGUACCCCGAGGACCCACUAGGGGCGCAGGUUUUCAGAAACUUUUUUUUCAUUUAUUGUUGCUAUUAAAGGAAAUAAAUUUUGUCUGUUCGAACAAGGGCGUGCUAAAAACAGUUGUUGAUUGAUUAAUGUUUACAAGAACUACAUGAAUUGCAGGAAUGUACAUAUAUAUCUGUGUGUGUUUGCGUGAUGAUCCUGAGCGUGGAGUGACACCGACCAGCCACUGUUGGUUUAUUUCUUUAAUCUCUGACCGAGCAAUUUAGGAAAGAAAGUGUUCCAUGAGUAAAUAAUUAGCAGUGAUUAAAUGCAUGCAGUGUUUUUGCUUAAAUAAAGCUAUUUCUAUGGGAAGGCCCUGAUUUACUAAGAUCCCAAAUACUUGUGUUAUAGCAUUCAUGUUCCUAUGAAGGGAUAAAGGGUUCUGUUCAUAAGCAACAAAGUGUUGAUUAAUUUUCUACAUGUGCAUUAAUUUUGCACAAAAAAGGAAAAUUUACAGCUAUGCAAAUUAUCCAUGAUCUGGGAAGUGACAAAUCCAAACAUCUGGCUCCAGCUGUUCUUUGGACUGAUUCAAGACAGCAUGUGGUCUGAUGUUUUUCGUUUCCUAGGUACAGUUAGUUCCCAUUUACUUGGUGUUGAAAAUAAAUAUGGUGGGUUUAAUUUUAUAUGAUCAUAUACAGUCUCUAAUUAAAUGUAGAUAUAAAAACAUUAAGAAAAAAAAAGUUUGGAUGGAAUGAGCUCACUAGUGAGUUUAUGUAGCUAGUCUACUUAGCUUUCUUUGCUAACGCAACAUCAGUAGCUAGGACGAAGCAAAACGCAUAACACAGCAAAAUAGAGUGCGUAUUUAACUAAAUAGCUUUGUAGGCUAUAUACGAUGAUUGCUUAUCAGUGGCAAAGAAACAAAGGACCAGGCCACGCCCACAAAAGUCAGAUUAGUAAAUCAGGGCCUAAGCAUUUUAAUGUUAAAACUCCAUUCUCUCUCAUAAGAUCAUAGAAUGGUUCAUUAAAAUAAA